CGCCGCCUCAUUUGGACGCGACGCGUCGUCCCUUGUUCCCGUCUUCCAUGUCCCAGUCCGAUAUCACGAUGGAAAAUCAGUCGGAUAACAGCACUGUUGUUCCAGAGGACAAGGUCCAGUGGACUGUACAUGUCGAAGUCCGACUCAAACCCCGCGCCACUAUGCGCUUCGACACCGUCAGAGACAUAGUGGACUCUUAUCUUCACUCAUCCUUCGACCGACUUAGUCCGCCCUCGGUCCUCGAAGGGUGGGAUGAAAUACCCGAACUCGCUUCCACUGUGGAAAAAAUAUCCGCCUCCGAAUGCUCCUGUCCCCAUACCUCACUUGCGAUAGACGAGAUAGCCUUUGAGAUUCACGUUUACCAGCCGAACGACUCGGAGUCGUUCGAGGACUUCAAUGCGACUGGCGAAGAAGGCGACGACACGAAUGCAGCCACUGUGUGUGAGCUACCGAAUAGGAACUGGGAAGGGCUUUGGGACUCCCUGAUCUAUGCGGACGACACCAAGCUACGACUGCUUGACUACAUCCACGCCACUCUGGAUUUGAGCGACGCGGACAUUGAUCUAAACCUGAUAUCAUGGAACCGCGUCGUCCUCCUGCAUGGUCCUCCAGGGACAGGAAAGACCUCACUCUGUAGAGCCCUCGCUCAGAAACUGUCCAUCCGCCUCUCACAUCGAUACUCACAAGCUCGUCUCCUCGAGAUCAACUCGCACUCCCUGUUCUCCAAGUGGUUCUCCGAGUCCGGCAAGCUGGUCCAGCGCCUCUUCAACAAUAUCACCGAGUUGAUCGACGAGGACGAUGCCUUCCUCGUUGUGCUCAUUGACGAAGUCGAAUCGCUUACCGCCGCUCGCGCUGGUGCAAUGGCAGGCACUGAGCCAUCAGACGGCCUGAGAGUCGUCAACGCCCUCUUGACGCAACUCGACAAGCUGAAGCAGCGCAAGAACGUGCUUAUCAUGUCCACGAGCAAUCUCGUCAAGGCAAUCGACUCCGCCUUCGUCGACCGCGCAGACAUCGUGCAGUACAUUGACCUCCCGCCGCAGGAGGCGAUAUACGACAUCAUGCGCUCCUCGCUGUGCGAGUUGAUCGGCAAGGGAAUCAUCCUCCCGAUUAACGUCCCUACCCUCGCCCAGGCUAAACUCUGCCAGGACGGGGUACUCGACAAGGAGCGGCAAAGAGAAGAGAACGUGGCCCUGAAACUGCUCGCGCUGGCGGCGAUCUGUCGGCAACAAAACCUCUCCGGCCGCGCGCUGCGCCGCUUGCCCGUCCUCGCGCUCGCGCGCUACAUCAGCGUUGGGAGCGUCCGCGUGCCAGCGGGGACAUCAUCCGCCACCAAGCAGUCGUCGCGCACCGGCACGCCCAGUCGAUCGUCCAAGCCCGGCAGCCGACGCCGCGCGGUCGAGGUCGAGGUCUGGCUCGAGGGCAUGGAGAAGGUGGUGCGGGAGCAGGAGAAGGAGCUGCAGCGGUUGUCGUAGUGAGAGGUGUUGAAGAGGAUGUCGUAGGGGGAGUCCGUCUGUUGUGGUAUGUGAUAGAAGUAGAAGGUACAUAUUGUCGCGCUUUUCGAUGUUUUCGAGUCGUGGUGCAUGCUGUCAAAAGUACUGUUGUUGGCAAUGUUGGAUCGCUGUGUACACAUUAUGCUCGUACACGUGGGGAUACAGGGCAAGGAUCGAUAUACUUUUCUGCAAGUGCAAUGCUACCAGGGGUUCAAGAGGGGCAACAGGGAAGUUGCAACGUAGUACAAAGCUAUGACGAACAAGAGACAGCGAAAGCAUAUAAAUAAGCACAAGUCGAGUGGAACAGCAGUGCAAGAUGACCAGAAUCGCAUGGCAAGGAAAACAUUCGAACAUCAAGUCCACCAAACAGGAUUGUCCCCACGCACGGCAGCCGCG